GUGCUGUCAAAACCAAUAUUACAUAAACGUUGUUUCAUUGUUACGUUAACGUUAUUAAUAAGUACAAAAUUUUGUUGAAAUGUUCCUAAGUCUUGUAGAUAUGUAACAAUAUCAAUUUGAUUUUCAAGAAAUACCCCACACAUUUCUUCAAAGGGAAAAAUCUCCUAUAAAUGGACCAGAAUCGGCCGGACAACAGUUCUCAGCAGCAAAACGUGCAUCUACACAUGCAUCAAGUCGUCUGUGGUUGUCACGGCAACAUAUAUCCCACCCCCGCCUACUACCAGCCCGUUAGUUUCCGCACUCCACCGCCACCGAUGGUAGCCUACAACGCUCAACAGCUUGCAAGACCAUACCUGCAACAUUAUCAGUACACCCAGUUCAAUCAGUACUCUCUGCCUGUACCACAAGUGGCUGGCGGUACAGCUGCCACGGUUUACUCUGCAAACAACCAGACCGACAUCCUCUUCGGUAGUUCUGGCAGGGAUCGAAGAGAAAGGCUAGAGGUACAAGAAGAGGUCCUCGAGGCUGAAAAACCUAGCGAGUCUUCUGGUUUUGAUUACGGACAUGUUUCUCCCCCUCCCAAUAAGGAUUUACUGAUGGGUAACGUAGACGAUAACAUGUCCGACAACUUCGUCAAAUUUCUCGAGAGGAGCUGUAUAACCGCCGAACAAAUCGCACACAGAAACAGAAACCGCCCGUGUUUCCGCAACAUACAGAAUCUGUGCGUACGUACGAGAUCGGAGAUAUUGAAACCUUGCACCACGGUAUCGAACAUACACUCGCAGGGUAUACCGUGGGCGACCAAAGACUUCAUCUACGCCUUCGUCAGACUGACCAACUGCUGGCACAUCCUGAGGGGCUACUGGGAGAACAGGGACGGUCCGGCCAUUGGGAAGAUCACCAGGGAGCUGACGCCCGAGUUCAGAGAAUGUUACGUCAGAUGGGAGAAGGAGACCAUGGAACUGGCCGCCCAGCUGACCAAGGUCUUCUACAAUCUGGACACGAACAUAAAUAGUCCGUUGCAUACGGGCAGUAUCCAUUCGGCCAAUAAUCUCGUUCCUCCGCAGGUACAAUAUCUCCAGAUAAAUCUCAUGAAGAACGCGGAAUUCACCAAAACAACCUGCGUAGAAACCAUGACCUCCACAGCAGCUCCGGCCCAGACCCCAAUCAUGUCCUCCAAGAGUACCAGAGGCGUCCUACACCUCCCAUCGCCGACGGAAACGGUUGACCAGGGGAAUCAGACCUGUUCCGGAGACUUUUUCUCGAAAUCCCCGGAGAACACCGAAUGCCUGGUAAUGGACAACGAAGAGGAGGAAGACAUGUCCAAGGUCUACAUGAAACCAGGCAGCUACAGUGUCCCGAAAAGGACUGUGGCUAACAACACGGAGACCACGCUGAUGAACGGGAGUCCGAGGACUAUAGAGUUUUUGGAAACGGCUCAGAAUGUGAACAAGGUGAUGGAAGCUGCGACUGACCGUUACUGGUCCACCAAUCACAACAAGAAAGUUAUUGCGAAGCCAGUGAAGGAGGACGUACGAGUAGAGCCCCAUCAAUUCAACGUUCAGAAAUGGAUUAUAAGCAGUCGUUUCUCGGAUUACGACAAUGCCUCGACCGGAUCAUCGUCGCCACCAAAUAUCGGAGCCUACUACAUCGAUACGCCACCGAUAACCUACGGCGAUGUCAACCACCAGCAAGAGGCGGACUUACCAUCCCAAAAAGCCGGCACUUACACCCUGCUGCAGAGGGAAAAGACCUCCCUGUUGUCCACGCCCAAGAGCUGCCUCAACGGAAGGAGCGACUUUGGCGUCGCCUACCGCAAGAAGAACGAUCUCAAGAAAUCCCUCAAGUCGACAUACGAGGACAAGCUGGGCGGUUUGACAGAGAUCGCGGUCGACGUUCUUGAGAAAAUCGUCGCGGAAUUGAAGACUACGGAGUUUGCUGAUUACAUCUCGCAAGUGAAGACGGAAGAUCAUUUGCCAGCUUCCAACCUCGAUUGGAUACUGAACAAAUUGAAAACGAAUCAGUACAAGUUCGUGAACGAAGUUGUUCGUGACCUCUAUUAUGUGGUGAAUUUCACAUCGAUAUAUUACGGGAAUUUCCUCGAUUUGGACUCGAAAAUAGACGCCUUCGUCCAAAGGAUCCAGACGAUGCUCGAGACGAGAUUCAAUCACUUCGACUUCUCGACCAUAAACGGACUCAAAGACGAACUGGUCGGUCCGUUGAAACUGAAAAUGACAAAACUUGACGGCGAUGGCGAUCGUAUGAGCUAAAUAUUAAAUAGUGUUUAUGUCAAGAACUCUUGAAACUUCUGAACAUUUCUCCAAGAAUCAAUUGACAAAUCAGCCAUAGUUCUAUCAGAAAAAUAUUUGUUUUAUGUGACGAAUAUUCAAAGUUUUCUUUAGUACAAAUUUAAAAAAUUUAAACAUUUUGUGUCGAAAUAAUGGUCGCAUGUUUUAUAUUUCUAUUUUAUAAUAUAUAUGGAUCAAUUGACUUUUA